AUGGCUUUACUCUCAGCAUGUUGGCUAAUGAUCGAAUCCAUAGUGAUUCAAGAUGGUUUCUUGAAAUGGUCGUACAUGAAAUUAUACAUGCACCCUCUUGUUCUCUUUCUUUUUCAACUCCUUCUAUGGCUCUAUCUCUUCUUUUUAUGGCUUGUGCUACCCUUUCAAGCGUUUUUCAACGCCUUUUUAUCAGUCUUGGUCACGUUCUCUAAGUUAUUUAGUUGUUUUCUCCGAGCCAUUAUGGUUAGGAUUAGAAGGGAGGUUACAUGUAUUACUGAGUCUAGGCAAGAGACCACGAAUACACUUGUUAACUUGGAGCUUUCUAGAAGUAUUCAUAAUCCGGUUCCUGUCUUCAGCUUUUCGUUUAAGGAUCAAGUAGAUACUCAAUCAAAAGUACUUCUAGCUCUGCAAGAAGGCCAAAUUCUUGAAGUAGAAGAUGAUGAUUUUUUUUAUAAAUGUGAUGAAGAAGAUGUGGUUGAUCAGAUUCUUGAUGCUAGAGAAGGCGAGGAGGACCAGGAUAUUGACAUUUUUGAUGUUGUGAACAUGGAGAAGAGUUUUGAGUUUAUGCCAAUAUUUCAAGAAAAUGAAAAUUCUUUAGUCAAUCGUGAUGAAGAAGGAGAAGAAGAUAUUGUAAGCUCAAACGUGGAGAAUAAUGAUCUACCUUCUCUAGUAGCUAGUGAUGAUAUGAAUUCACUCAAUAGCGAUGGAGAUCAUCCCUCUCCUUUAUCUAUCGCAAGCUUGGAUUCAGCUCUUCAAGAUUCGAUUGCGAUGGAAAAUCAAACUCAUCGAGAUGAAGAUGGUGAAACUAAUGAGGUAUACAAGAAAUAUUGCGAAAGAAUGAGAUGGUAUGACAUACUCAGCCACGACAGAACCUAUGGAUUAAGUGUGAUCAUGAACCAAGAAACGGCAAGUAGUCUUAGCUUAUGGGGGAAAACGGCAGAGAAGAGGCUAAAACAAAGUAUAGAGAAAGAUCUUGAGCUAGUAUAUGUUGCUCAAUCAUGUUUAUCAUGGGAGGCUCUUCAGCAUCAGUACAUUACAUUGAAAGAGAGUUUAAAAUCCGAUGAUUCAAAAGGCGGGUUCUAUAACGAUGAUAUCUCUAAAGAACUCCAGAAGUUUCAGGUUUUAUUAGAGAGAUUCUUGGAAGAUGAAAGGUGUGAAGGAAAAAGGGUCUUGAGCUUUGUUCAAAGAAGAUUUGACCUCAUGAGCUUCUUUCAAGUCCCAAGACUUUCAGGAUAUAUUAGUAGAAAGGGACCUCGUGAAGGAGAAAGAGAAAGAAAGAAGAAAGAGGUGUUGAAAGCAAUGGAGAGAUGCAUUGAAGUCUUCUAUGACUUUGUCAAAGUAGACAUCAACACACCUUUGAUUUGGGAAAGACUUAAAAUAUCUUUUGUGAAUUCUCCUCUUAUGGAAUUGGAAGAUCCUAGAGACAUUAAGCUUUUUCUCCAACUAAAAAAUUCGCUCCAAAAGAAGGAACAACUGUUGAAGGAGAUACAAGGGAACAAGAAGAAGAUAUGGUUCAAGAAGAAAUCUUCUAAAGUUGAAGAAGAUGAGACUGAGAAAUAUGAAAACUUUAUGCUACUGAGAUUCCUAACGAUAGACUUAAAGCUUGUGUCUAGAGUUUUAAACAUGUCUUUGGUCUCAUCUUCUCACCUCCAGUGGUGUCAUCACAAGCUCAACAACAUUAGUUUCAGUGGUGGCAAAAUCUCUAGAACUUCCUCGCCUGUUUUAUUCCCAUCUUCUUGA